AUGGGUAGUUUCCUAAAGUUUCUUCGCUGUGGCAUUCACGGGUACGAUGAGGUGCUCGGAAUUGACAGCGAUGAGAUCCGCUUCUUCUGGGCAAUAGAGACAAACGCCAGUAACGUCAAACAGAUCGCCUACCGCGUCGUGCUAAGCACCAAUCCAGCAGUCCUUGAUACCGAGAAUCCAGAUGUUUCUCAGCUCGAAUGGGACUCAGGGCGCGUGGAAAAUGCGGAGCAAAGGAACAUCAUCUGCAAGCCCGAGAAUGGCUUCAAGUCGACAUGCAGUUACUACUGGCGAGUAAAAAUGUGGACUCAUGACAGCGCCCAUCACAGCCCCGUCCAGCACUUUUUCACAGGCUAUCCCUGUUCUCGACUGCUGCCUCCCUAUAGCAUGAAUCAGACAUACAUGCCGCAUUCAAGUCUCAUCUUUCGAACCUGGUUCGAAGAUGAGGCGAAUCGGUGGAAGGCCGUCUGGAUUGGUGAUGGGGGUGACAAGCCAAUUUAUCUCCGCAAGUCAUUCCAACUACCACGAACCCCCACGCGCGCCAUUCUAUUCGCCUCCGGUCUGGGCCAUUUCAACAUGAGCAUGAAUGGGCAACCGACAUCGAAUCACCGACUGGAUCCCGGAUGGACUAACUACCACCGGCGAGUCCAGUUCACCUCGUACGAUGUCACGGACCGUAUCCGGGCGGGGGAGAAUGUGCUCGGCGCACAUGUCGGAAACGGAUUCUACGCCGGUGAUAAGGGCGAGGAUCGGUUCUUUUGGCCUAUGUAUGAGGACAAUACAUAUGUGAGGUAUGGGAAUGAGCUUUGCUUCUUUUGUGAACUUCAUCUGUUCUAUGAGGAUGGAUCGCAUGAGAAUCUCAUUUCGGAUCCGACGUGGUCGGUGCGGAAAAGUGCUACGACGCUGGCGAAUAUCUAUGCUUCGGAGAAUCACGAUCGUCGUCUUUAUCCGAAUGGUUGGGACUCACCUGGAUUUGAUGGUAGUGAUUGGGCCCCGGCAAAGCCAUUGACUGGACCGCGAGGUCAAAUAUAUUAUCAAACACAGCCACCGGUGGUUCUGCAUGAGACGUUCGAGCCGGUUAAAACGUACAGCCCUCGUCCAGGGACUGUCUGUUAUGACCUUGGACAAAACGCUUCCACGAUGGUCCAAGUGAUUGUUGAAGGUGCUACUGGUUCUGAAGUCAUUGUUCGAUAUUCUGAAACUGUGAAUGAAGAUGGCACCGUUCUGAUGCCAGAUCCUCUAUUCAAGGAGUUUGAGACUGGUGUUUUUUCCAGGAUAUAUUUAGCGGGCACGGGUGAGCCGGAGAUGUGGGAGCCAGACUUUAGCUUCACCAGUGCUCGCUACAUCCAGGUCGAAGGCGUAUCUCUCACGUCAGGCGACGGUCUCCCAGUCGUUCAUUCUGUCAUCGGUCGUCACAUCUCCUCCGCCGCGCGAAAGCUUGGUACUAUGAAGACCGACAAAGAGGAUGUCAAUUCUCUCCUCAAUGCUCUCCACUGGACCUUCAGCAGCAACCUAUUCAGCUACCAUACCGACUGCCCGCAGAUUGAGAAGUUCGGUUGGUUAGAGGUGACCCAUCUCCUCGCACCAGCUACACAGUACACCCGCGAUAUGGAGUCCCUAUACACAAAGAUUCUCGAUGAUAUUCUCGAUGCGCAAGAGCCAAGCGGUCUCGUCCCAACAAUGGCUCCAGAAAUCCGAUACAUGUGUGGGCCCCUUCACGACACCAUCACCUGGGGCUGUGCAGUGUGUCUCAUUCCGGACAUUCUACUCCGCUACUACGGCUCAACGCACGUCAUCGCAAAGGUAUACCCCGCCGCAGUCCGAUACAUGGAAUACAUGCGCACCAAGGAGCGCAAAGGCGGACUAAUCGAACACGGCCUCGGAGACUGGGGCCGCGAUAUUGCCUUCGGAAACCACCAAGCCAACAUCGAGACAGCAAUCUACUUCCAGUGUCUCAAGUGCGUCGAGAUGAUGGCUCGCGAACUAGGAAAAGACAACGAAGCGGAAAGGUUCAAAUACUGGGCUCAGCGAAUCUACGACGUUUAUAACACCAAUCUCCUCGUUACGGAUGAUCCAUCCCGACCUGCAUACUACACCUCUCUCGACAACUUCCCCCAACGAGACCGCACAGCUAUCGCCCAAGCAAUGGCCCUACAAAUUGGCCUAGUGCCAGAGGAAUAUAAAAAAGAUGUCAUGGCCGCGUUCCUAGAUGACGUUUCAGAUGGCAAGAUUCGCGCUGGUGAAAUCGGACUUCGAUACCUCUUCAAUACGUUAGCGGAUGCCAAACGACCCGAUCUGGUACUUCAAAUGGCUCGUCAAGAGGAACAUCCCUCGUACAUGCGUUUCCUCCGACGAGGAGAGACGACACUUCUGGAAUUCUGGCAGGAUGAGUGCCGGAGUAAAUGCCAUGAUAUGCUCGGCACGAUUUAUGAGUGGUUUUAUACUUCUGUGCUGGGAUUGAAGGUGGUAGAGAAUUCGUAUCGGGUGUUUGAGAUUGAUCCGCCCUAUGAAGCGGAGUUUGGACACGUGCAUGGAGCGGUUGAUUGUCCUUAUGGGUUGAUUGAGAUUGAUUUCCGCAGGGAAGGGGAAGAGGUUAUUUUGAGAUUUUCUGUGCCUUUUGGGACGGAUGCGAGGGUGAAACUUCCUGUUACUAGGAAGUCUUACAGGGUGGAUCGUGAAGGAUCUUCGUAUAGUGUUGAUGGGGAGAGUCAUUUCACUGUUGGGUAUGGGUCGUAUACUGUUGAGAUACAGCUUUGA